GCGAGGCUUCAUUCCCAGCCCCAAAGAUCCAGCCUUACGCAUCCAGCGCUGAAGACCAACCCGAUGUGUGUGUGCGCACCGUGUUUUGACGCGUGAAUCAAGGCCACCAGGAUUGAGGAGAUACACCGCGGCCCUGCACGCUGGACCUGCACCGGUGCAUUUGCAAGAAGAAACUGCUCGCUGGCUGGCACGCUGUGAGAAUUAACCUCCACCAAGGCUUCUUCUUCUUUUUUGUUUCUGCAGAACACAAACUAAACCCCAGGUCGCGUCACUGAAACAAUCCGGUCAUGCCGCUGCUGCGCACCUGCCAGACCUCCGCGCCCGGACCGGACUGUUGAAGACAGCAAGAAGACAAGGCAACUUUUUGGGGGGAAGAAGUUGCCGUCAGAUCGGUUGUUGCAGCAAGGGGGUGGAGGGGCAAACUCAAGUCCCUCCAUCGAGUCGAAUUUUUCUCCUCACAUUUUCAUCCGUGACAGGAAGGCGACACGGCGACUUCAGUUGAUUAUCUCUCUUUCCUUUGCUAUCCAAUGGAUAUUCACUGCAAAGCGGACCCCUUCACUGCGAUGCACCUAUCCCACGUAGGGCACGGAGGUGUGAACCAGCUCGGCGGGGUGUUUGUGAACGGCAGACCCCUCCCGGACGUGGUGAGGCAGCGGAUAGUGGAGCUGGCCCAUCAGGGCGUCCGGCCCUGCGACAUAUCCAGGCAGCUGCGGGUCAGCCACGGCUGCGUCAGCAAGAUCCUGGGCAGAUAUUACGAGACUGGCAGCAUCAAACCAGGGGUGAUUGGUGGGUCUAAACCUAAAGUGGCCACGCCAAAGGUGGUGGAAAAAAUCGCAGACUACAAGAGGCAAAACCCAACCAUGUUUGCGUGGGAGAUCAGAGACAGACUGCUGGCAGAGGGCAUCUGCGACAACGACACUGUUCCCAGCGUCUCAUCCAUUAACAGGAUCAUCCGAACAAAAGUCCAGCAGCCUUUCCAUCCGUCUCCUGAUGGGUCAUCCCUGUCAACACCAGGCCAUACUAUAGUACCAAGCACAGCCUCUCCGCCUGUAACCAGCGCCUCCAACGACCCUGCAGGAUCCUACUCCAUCAACGGGAUUCUGGGUAUUCCACGAUCCAACGGUGAAAAGAGGAAAAGAGAUGAAGAUGGUUCAGAUGGUUCUGGCCCAAACAGUGAUUCUCAGGGUAGUGUGGAGAGUUUACGGAAACACCUUAGGGCAGAUGCCUUCACCCAGCAGCAGCUGGAAGCAUUGGACCGGGUCUUUGAACGCCCCUCGUACCCUGACGUCUUCCCAACAUCGGAGCACAUCAAACCUGAACAGGCUAAUGAGUACUCGCUCCCUGCCCUGAAUUCCAGCCUGGACGAAGUCAAGCCCAGUUUAUCCUCUAGCGCCAACCCAGACCUGGGCCCCAGCGUGUCGCAAAGCUACCCUGUAGGUCGGGAUAUGGCCAACACAACCCUACCUGGGUACCCCCCUCACGUUCCCCCUACAGGCCAGGGCAGCUACCCAACAUCCACGCUUGCUGGAAUGGUUCCUGGGAGUGAGUUUUCGGGGAACCCCUACAGUCACCCACAGUACACAACCUACAACGACGCCUGGCGAUUCAGCAACCCAGCAUUACUAAGUUCCCCUUAUUAUUAUAGUGCCGCAUCGAGAGGCUCCGCCCCUCCCACUGCUGCCACUGCCUAUGACCGUCACUAGUUACCAUGGAAACCAAAUCAACCUGCAGGACCAUGGCCUUAGCCUCCAUAUUGCCCCGGUGUGAGCGGCAUGGUCCACUGGACACUGAGCAACUGCGCAUAAAAUGUUCCCCGGCUCACACAAUGAGAAACUUAACGUUUUUUUGGGAGGGGAUUCCAGACGACUGCUUCCCUCUCUCCUCCUCACAGCUUUUUUUGGACACUCAAAGCCAAAAAAAAAAAAUUUAAAAAAAGAAAAAAAAAACUACAAGAAGAUCAUCAGAGACACUGAAAGUCA